CUCAUUAAAGCCGCCAUUUUGCUUUGUAGCCGCACGCGUUUUUCAUACAAGUUCGUCAUUGGAGUGCCUUUGACUAUCUGAAUGACGGCUGUCUCACAUGUACUGCAAAAUUGAUGUGGUUAAGUCGAUAUUAAUCCUUGGAGUUAAAACCAAUCUCUAAGCAUCAGAAAUACCUCACAAGGUAUUUGCUCUAAUUCAAAAUGUCUUAUCCUCCAAGACAGCCCAUGGGCAUGCCAUCCAUGCCACCUGGCAUGAUGCCACCAGGAUAUGGAUAUGGCAUGGGCAUGAUGCCUAUGAAUAUGGGAAUGAUGGGGAUGAUGCGUCCUGGCAUGCCCAUGCCUCCCAACCCUGCAGCCAACCAAAACAACACGAUGAAACAGAAUCAGAAAAAACUUGUGCCUCAGGAGAUACCAAAUAGUACUGGUCAAGAAGAGAAGCCACCGGUGACUACAGUAUUUGUUGGUAAUAUCAGUGAGAGAGCUCCAGAUGCCAUGGUCAGACAGAUGCUCUCUAGGUGUGGCAAUGUUAUAAGCUGGAAGAGAGUUCAAGGCGCCUCAGGGAAAUUACAAGCGUUUGGGUUUUGUGAAUAUGAAUAUCCAGAAGCCACUUUACGGUGUAUAAGACUACUGAAUGAAUGGGCAAUAUGCGGCAAAAAAUUAGUGGUGAAAGUAGAUGCUAAAACCAAAACAUUACUGGAAGAAUAUAAAGAGAAGAAAAAGAAUUCCAGCAAAGAGGAGAAGGAGGAGGGAGAAACGACAGACGAUGUGGAUGAAUUUUCUCAGAGAGAAGACAGAGUUGCCAAGGCAGGCCUGGAUGCCAUCAUGAGGGAGUACGCCAGGGAGUUGAACAAGGAACCAGAGCCCUCAGUUAAACCAGAAGAGAAAAAAGAAGACAUAAAAAAGAAAGACCUUAAAGAGAAGGAUAAGAAAAAAGCUGAUCAGGGGCUUGAAGAUCUAGAAAUGGAAGAUGAUAAGAAAGAUCUCAUCAACAAAGAAAUAAACAAAUUCCGCGACUUACACAAGGAUGAAGAAGACAAGUCUUCCACAAAGGAUGAAGGAGAUUAUGAUCGUGAAAGACGGCGGCGAGAGAGGGAAAGAGAACGAGAGCGGGCCAGAGAGAGGGACAAGAAGAGACGAGAGAGGGAGAUGGAAGAAAGGGAGCGUGAAAGAGAAAAAGAGAGAACAAUGUCCAGAAGAAGAUCUAGGUCACGUUCCAACUCCAGAUCAAGGGCAAGGUCAUAUGAAAGGUCUUACGAGAGGUCAAGGUCAAGAGAGCGUGGUGGUGGAGAUGAAGAAGUGGAGGACGAAGAGGAAGUUUAUGAAAGAAGAAAAUUAGAAAGGAAACUAAGAGAAAAGGAAAUGGCAUACCAAGAGAGGUUAAAAAAUUGGGAAGCCAGAGAGAGGAAAAAGGCCAGAGAAUAUGAGAAGGAAAAAGAAAAAGAGGAAGAAAGAAAAAUAGAAGAGGUGAAAGAAGCAAGAAGACUUAAAGAAUUUCUAGAAGAUUAUGAUGAUGAGCGAGAUGAUCCCAAAUAUUACAGAGGCAGUGCCUUACAGAGGAGGUUAAAAGAGAGGGAGAAGGAGAUGGAAGCCGAUGCCAGGGACAGGCAGCGAGAGAAAGAGGAGUUAGAAGAAAUAAGGAAAAAACUUUUAGAAGAAGGCCAUCCCAACCCUGAGGAAGAGUUAGCAAAGUUGGAGAGGGAGAGUGUAGAGCACCUGCGUCCUCCCCCCGCCCCUGUAGCCCCAGUCAAAGUGGAGCCAGAACCAGAGCCUGAACCAGAGCCAGUCAAAUAUGUUCAGCCCCCCAAACUGCCUCCCACCUUCAAACCUGUGGAAAUUGCCACCUCUGCAGCCUCAAGUCAGAGCAGUCCUGCAUACUCAGAUGGAUAUUCUAAUACUGGUCUUCCCGAGAGUGCCCAUGAAGACAGCCCGUCUGUUCCCUUCAUAGGGCCAGCCCCUAAGGAAGAGAGCAGCAGGAUUGGGUUUACUGGGCUCAAACUAGGUGCAGAUAGCUCCCCAGAUAGUGUCCAGGCCAAGAGGAAAAAAUUGACUGUAGGAGAUGUCUUCAACCAAGAGGACGAUGAAGACUCUAUGGGUGGAGCUAAGAGGAGAAAAUUAGUUCCAUUGGAUUACUCCGAGGAUGAAAAGGCAGCAGUAGGAGGAGACAAGCCAGCUACUAUAGAAGAAAAGAGGAAAAAUAUCAAAAAUUUGAUAGACAGGAUUCCCACAGGGAAGGAGGAGCUGUUUGCCUUCACACUAGAUUGGAAUAUGGUGGAUAAGGUCCUGAUGGAGAAACGCAUCAAACCAUGGGUGAAUAAAAAGAUCAUAGAAUAUAUUGGAGAGGAAGAGCCAACCCUGACAGAGUUCAUUUGCCAAAAGGUCAUGUCACAUAGUCAACCCAGCAGUAUACUAGGAGAUGUUGCUAUGGUUCUUGAUGAAGAGGCUGAAGUAUUUGUGGUAAAGAUGUGGAGACUCCUAAUCUAUGAGACUGAGGCUAAGAAAGCAGGACUUGUAAAAUGACCAGGAAGAAAAAGAACAUUCAGUCAUUUAAUCAGAUCUAAAAAAAUAUACAGAUCAUCUUUAACUACAGGCAUUGCUCCAUUGGGAAUGAAUUUUAAAAUGGAAUGAAUAAGAAUAUCUAGGAAUGAAAUCAAAUGUAAAGACGUGCUGAAAAUUCCCUGUACUUUCUGGUGGUCCUUUCGUUUCAUCACAGUGGGAAGUACGCCUUCAAACAGAGGUUAUUUGCCAGUUGAAAGUCUGUGACCAAAGAAUGACUCUAAUGUCUAUGACAGUGACUACAAACAGAAGGGACAAAGAUUUUGCAAACUAAUUAGUUUGCUAAACAAAAAAUCAAUUUCAUAACACUGUUGUCCAGAUCUUACUGAAGUCAAUAUGCUGUUUGAGUCACUUUUGAAAUUCCCUACUUUCAAAGCACAGUGUGCUAUUGAUGAUUAUUUUCGUUAUUUAGAGGAUUGUUGUACUUGGAUUUAUUUGUUCAAUUCUCAUUUUCAGACCUCGUUUUCACAUGUAAAUUCUCUUUUGUGAAUUCAGAAUGUUCUUUUGUUCAGUGGAGAGUUGAGCUGAAAGCUAAACAUGUUCACUGGCACAAAAUUGGUUAUGAGAAAACAUCACUUAGUAAUUUUAAAGGCUAUCUCAUUCAGAACAACUGAAUUCAUUUUGAAAAUAAUUGGACAAGCAAAAUGGCAAAAACAUGACAAAAUGGACUCUGUGAAUGAAACUGAGUCUUUAUUUUAAUCAUUCCACUCGGAGAGUUUCGUUAACCUGGGUGCCUGUGAUAACAAGCUUGCAGUUUGACUACAAAAAGUGGUUAUUUGAAAUCUAGCUGUAACCCAAGCAUAGAGUUUGGCUAUGAAAUAGCCAUCUCUUCUGAUGCAGUGUACAAUACCAAACAGAAUAAAAAAGGUUUAUUUUACAUGAAA